AUGCAGUCCCAAUUCUAUAAGACGUUCACUCGACCCGUCGCCAAGGUUCUCCUCGUAGCCGUGUUUACGUACCAACUCAUCUAUUGGUCCUGGGUCAAGCUUGAUACGGAGGAGACAAAGGCACAGGCGGACGGUAAGGCCUCCAACGAACCCUACAGCAAUGACAGCGCCGGUGAUGCUGAGACGUACACAGCUACGAUUGCAGGCCUCGAGGCUAAAGUGGACGAAUACAAGAAGAAGGCUCUCGAAGCAGCCGAGACCAAGAGCUCAUGA